GGCCGAGAUGCUGUCGCGCGUGAGGCCGGCCGCCGAUUUGGAGCCGCCUGGCCGGGGCUGGGAGGACCCGCGAGAGCUGGGCCGGGAUCUUCGAGCGGCGAUCGGCGGGGAUGGGGUUCGCCGGCGCUUGGGCUGAGUCGUGGUCGCCGGUAAAGCAGCUGCCGGUGAGGGCCCGGGCGCCGGCGAUGCGGAUGGUGGCGGCACGGGCGCCGAGGGCGGGCCGGCGGGGGCCGGCGGGGUGGCGGCCCGCCGGGGGGCCGGCUGCUGCGGCUGCUGCGGCUGCUGCGGCUGCUGCGGCUGCUGCGGCUGGCGCGGGGUCGGAUCGGGCUCCGGGGCCCCGGCGCGCUGGGCGGCCCCCGGUCGCGGGCCCGACAAACCCACAGGCAGUGGGACAUACACCGGGGAGAAGCUCGAUGCCGGGGAGGUGCUUUCCGGCGAGUCGCCCGACAGGUGAGACAGGUGCGGCGACAUCAGCGAGGAGGACCCUUGGCGAGCCGGAGGGGCCGACGGCGCGGGCUGCGAGGAGACCGGCGGCGGCGUUGGCAAUGGAGCAGGCUGGUUCGCCCGGGACGCGGGGCGGUGGCGCUUCGGCGCGGGCGAAGGCGACACCGGCUCCUCGGCAUACCAGGCACCUGUGGCAUUCGGGCCGGCGGUCCACGGGGCGGCGGUGUCAUGUCCGUCGCCGGCUUGCGCACCGGGCCAGGAUUGCGGCCGGGGGGGCGGCUCGGCCGGCGGCCCGGCCGUCUCCGGGGUGCGUGUCUCGGGGGGAGCCGCACUUCCGGGACCGGAGGGCGGCCCCGCAAUCGGAGGCAGGGGCACUGGCAGCGGGCGCUGGUGGCGGGGCGCCAUUUCCCCAGGCCCUUGGCCCUCGGCGGGAUGAAGGAAGACCGGCGCCGACGGGUGUGUCUCGAAGGGGCCGGCGCCUCGCGAUCGGGCCGAGGGUGCCGGCGCGACAUAGCCCCAGUCGGAGUCGUUGUCCUGCGGAUGAUCCUCGUCGCCGGGAUCGGCGGGGGCCAAAAAAAGUGGCCCAGACCCCGGCGACCCGACGGAUGACGUAAACCCAUGUGCCUCCGAGAGGGCAUGGGAAUUCGGGCCAUUCAGCAGAAGGCGAUAUGCGGCCGGCUGGGGGUGCAGCUGUUGGUGGUGCGAUGCCAGUGACACCGGCGGCAGCAGCGGCUGUGGCCGGGACACCAGCCCCGGCGCGGGGUCCGAGAUCGGCCCCAAGGCCGCGUGCGGCGCAUACCCGGC